AUUAUGGGGACACAAACUGGACAGAAUGACAGAAAGGCCGGUGAAGCCACGACUCACGUCAACCUCACCACAAUUUCACACUUCACAAACACCACAAAAAUACACAACUUUUUUCUAUGUGUAAAGCAAAUAUUUUUUACUAUAAUCUAACACCCUACAACUGUAAGCAAUGUAAUAAACAAAAGUCUAAAAAAUAAUUGUGCUUGCAUGCUUGUGGGUGAUUGAGAUGGAGGGAGUAAUAGCUAUCAGUCCAACCCAAAAGACAAAAAUAGCAAACGGGCACAUCUGUUCUACAGUGUACUGCCUUUGUUUUCAUAUUCAUUUUCUUCCGCAAAGAUGCCCAGAGAAUCUUGGCACCCCAAAAUCAAGUUCCUAAAUAAAUGCUUGACAACACUACUCUUCUUCCCAAAUCUCUGAUUCUACAACCAUACUACACUCGGGCCCCCACAUAUAGAAUUUAAGAAUUUUGCUAACUUUCUUUCUGUGAAUUUUCUUACACAUGUUUCGACCACCUAAGAUUGAUUUUUAAAACCAUAAUUACUGUUAUCACGUCAAUUACUUCAGUAAUAAAACUGCAUGAAAAUUCGCAUCUCAGCUCAAGAAGAACCCACGAGCAACUCACAUGUUCUCGUACCUUAUAAAUAUCAUCCAUUUGUUGCUUCAUAUGUAUGUAUUCACCCUAACACUCGCACGCAACCUGUUUGUUCUAAAUCAGGCAUCUCUUUAGUAUAAGCACCCCAACACCACCACCACCACCAUUUUAAGCUUCUCUUCCCAAGCCCAAGUUGCAAAAUUCCCAGCACAAAAAACUAAACCAGAGAACAAAAAUGGGAACUUCCGUGCGUGUAAAAGAAGCAUCGGUGAUUACACCUUCUGAGCCCACUCCACGCUGCGUGCUCGCUCUAUCAGCGCUUGAUUCGCAACUCUUCCUUCGUUUCACCAUAGAGUAUCUGUUAGUCUACAAGCCCUCCCCUGGGCUGGACCAGCCUAAUACCACGGCUCGUCUAAAAUCGGCAUUAUCCAGAGCCUUGGUUCCCUACUACCCCUUUGCGGGCAGGGUCAGGCCCAAGCCCGAAGGCCCGGGUCUGGAGGUGGUGUGCGCGGCCCAAGGCGCGGUGUUCAUAGAAGCCUUCGCUGUCCGUUACAAGGCCAACGACUUUGAAAAAGCGCCUAAAACAGUUACGCAAUGGAGGCCGUUGUUGUCGCUCCACGUGGCAGACGUGCUCAAGGGAUCCCCGCCGCUGGUGGUUCAGCUGACCUGGCUCGUCGACGGCGCCGCCGCUAUAGCCAUCGGGAUCAACCACUGCCUCUGCGACGGCAUCGGCAGCGCGGAGUUUCUCAACCACUUCGCCGAGUUGGCUAACGAGAGACGCGAGACGAGUUACAUGCGCAUCCAGAAACCGGUUUGGGAGCGUCACCUUCUGAAACCACCUCGCGGGGAGGAGAGGCGGGUGGAUUCAGCCAGUCAUCCCGAGUUUAGCAGAGUCCCGGACCUAUGCAGCUUCAUGAACAAGGUCUCAACCGGGCUAAAACCAACGUCGAUUACGUUCGACAAGACGCGGCUGAACGAGCUAAAGCGAGUGGCGCAGUGCACGAGCGAAGACGGCGAGGCGGCGCGGUACACUUCGUUCGAGGUACUGGCGGCGCACGUGUGGAGAAGCUGGGCGAGAGCGAUAGGGUUUCCGGGGAACCAGAAACUAAAGCUGGUUUUCAGUAUAAACGUGCGGAACCGUUUGAAGCCGGGUUUGCCCGAAGGGUAUUACGGGAACGCGUUUGUUUUAGGGUGUGCGGAGACGAGUGCGAGGGAGUUAGAAGAGAAAGGGGUGGGGUUCGGGUCGGGUUUGGUGAAGCGGGCGAAGGAGAGGGUGGGGAAAGAGCACGUGAGGGAGGUGAUGGAGUGGGUGUGGGAGAGGAAAGGGUGCCCCGACCCGGUUGGGGUGUUGAUAGUGUCGCAGUGGUCGAGGCUAGGGUUGGAGAAUAUUGACGUGGGUUUGGGAAAGGCUUGGCACGUGGGACCCGUUUGCUGCGAUAGGUACUGUUUGUUCUUGCCGGUGAGAGAUGAGUGUGUUAGUGUGAAGGUCAUGGUCGCUGUCCCCACUUCCGCCGUUGACAAUUACCACCUUUUCAUGCGUUCCUCUCACCUCUGACUCAUCACUUCUUCUUCAUUUCUACUACUAUAUAUGCUUAUUCUCUCAUUCUAUCAUCUACUUCAAUUUUUGACCCUUUUUACGCUAAUCUGUAACCAAAAACACAUUGUCUUAUGUAUGCAUGCCAUAUCUCCAAUUUUACUUCUUUCUCGGAUACUCCAACGCUACCACCUAAUUUCAAUUUUAAGGAUUUAAAUAACAUACUACAAUCCUUUUAGAUUGACCCA